AUGCCAGACGUACCUGCCACUAUACCCCUGCGGAGGGUCUCAGAAUCCUCCGCAUCCAACGACAAUGAACCGAGCUCUAAGGAGCCCUCAAUAUCCAACGACCGAAAUGUGACCUUGUCGCAGUCUAGUACCUCAUUGGAAGAUAAUAAAACAGCGGGAGAUGAAAAAGCACCCGUUCAUCAAGAGAUGGAACAGGACGACGUGAAUACGCAAGAUGUUUCCGGCAGCCAGGAGGCACCCGGCACCACAGAUGAGAGCGAGUAUAUCUCCGGGAUGAAGCGAUAUUCCCUUAUGGCAUCAUUAGUCUUGUGUUUCUUUUUGAUUAUGCUCGACAUAGCGAUUGUUUCAACGUUCCAAAAAUCACCAGCCAGUUCCACUCGCUCGGAGAUGUGGGCUGGUAUGGUAGUGCAUACCAACUAUCAUGCUCGUCAGUACACCUUUCUCGCUUACUUCGGAAUCUUCGAGUUGGGUUCGCUUCUCUGCGCUGUGGCUGUCUCGUCCAAAAUGCUCAUCGUGGGGAGAGCUGUCGCUGGGAUAGGAAGCUCUGGUCUCCUCAAUGGCGGUCUUACCAUUGCCUCUGCGGCCGUCCCCUUACACCAACGACCCAAGUAUUUCGGCAUUAUGAUGGGCAUAUCUCAGAUGGGGAUCGUCUGUGGACCGCUCCUGGGCGGAGCGUUCACUUCGUAUGUCACUUGGCGAUGGUGUUUCUAUAUCAACCUCCCGAUCGGCGCCGUCGUCGCUGUCCUGCUAUGGAUUGUCGAAAUUCCCUCCACGGUCAAACCACGGGCUCUGUCGGUGUUGGAAAUCAUCAGAACCAAGCUCGAUCUCUUUGGGUUCGUGCUCUUUGCCCCAGCAGCGAUCCAGUUCUUCCUCGCGCUGGACGAGGGGGGCCGACAGUACGCAUGGAAUAGCUCAGUGAUCAUUGGCCUCUUCUGUGGUGCCGGGGCAAUGAUCAUCCUGUUUGUCAUCUGGGAAUGGCGCCAAGGCGACAAUGCAAUGAUCCCCUUUUCGGUCAUCAAGCUCCUCCCAGUUUGGUCGUCCUGUGUGGCGAUGAUGCUCUUCUUUGGGUGUCUUCAGAUGACGGCUUACUAUCUUCCCAUCUAUUUCCAGACCGUGAAGCUGGCCACGCCAAUGCUGAGUGGGGUGUAUACUCUACCGAAUAUCCUCGGCCAGCUCAUAUUUGCCGUGAUAGGUGGGAUAGGCAUCGGUCGGCUGGGUUACUAUCUCCCAUUUAUACUUGCCAGCUCCAUUCUCAUGUCCAUCGCCAACGGUCUUCUGUCGACACUGUCGCCCAGCACCUCCACAGCGAAAUGGGUAGGGUAUCAGAUCCUCCUCGGUGUCGGCCGCGGCCUCGGGACGCAAACCAGCAUUAUCGCCGUUCAGAACACCAUCGCCCCUGCCAUGAUCCCCGUCGCUAUGGCCAUGAUAUCAUUCAGCCAGACGUUCGGCGGCUCGAUCUACCUAGCUAUUGCCCAGACUAUUCUCACCAACAGCCUGUCGAGCGCCCUUAAGAAGCACCCAGACAUCGAUGUGGCAGCUGUGAUUGCGGCCGGGGCCUCCCCGUCCGGUGUUGUACAGGCUGCCGAUGGCGAUCCGGCAAAACUAGCAAAGAUUCUGGCCGCGUACGCGAAGAGUGUGGAUAACACUUUUUAUCUGGCAGCCGGCUCGACGGCGUUGAUUUUCUUUGUUGCCUGGGGCAUGGGCAUGAAAGAUAUUCGUAAAAAGGACAAGACGAUUGAGCCAAACGCGGACGAAGAGAAGGGGACUGUUUAG